CAUUUCUGAGGAACUCUCUCUCUCUCUCUCUAAAACACACACACUUUAUCUCUCUAAGAAACUAAAAGAAAUAAAACGAAGCUCACGCAGCUGAGUCCACUCGUUGGGGGCGGUUCUCUUUUGAAUCGUUUCGAAAUUCACUUUUCCGUUUCCCUUCGUUGAUUGUAUAUACAACCGAUCACAUCACUGAUCAUUGAUUAGAAUUAUUUUUGUAAUUAUUAUUAAUAUUAUUGUUUUCGUGGUUGCGAUUCUGUUGCGUGCUGCGUGGUUCGUACGGUACGACGUCGUUGAAAUUUCAUCGCCGUCGCGCUGGUACGGAGAGAUUGGUUGCUGCUGCGUUGUGGUGUCGUUGAAGGAUGGCGGCCGGAGUGGAGUUGUCGGAUGGAAGAAGCGGCGGCGGAAUUGCGAUGGAAAUUCCGGUCGGCGAUGAGGAAUCGUUCUCGUCGCCGACGACGUUGCCGAAGAGGCUCCGGCGACGGCUUCGUGGCUCGGAGUGUAAGUCUCCGAGCACGGUGGAGGAAAUCGAAGCGAAGCUCCGCGAUGCUGAUCUUCGCAGACAGAAAUACUAUGAGAAACUCUCAAGUAAGGCACGUGCAAAGCCAAGAAGCCCCUCAAGAUCUUCAUCCCAGGAAGAUGAUCCUGGUCAGAGACUAGAAGCAAAACUGCAGGCUGCUGAACAGAAGAGGUUGAGCAUCUUGACUAAGGCCCAAAUGCGUUUAGCAAGACUGGAUGAAUUGCGUCAAGCAGCAAAAAAUGGAGUUGAAAUGCGCUACGAGAAUGAACGUGUAAAGCUUGGAACAAAAGUUGAGUCACGUGUUCAGCAGGCAGAGGCUAAUCGGAUGCUUAUCCUCAAGGCUCUUAGGCAAAGAAGGGCUUCUCUUAGAGAAAGGUCAUCUCAAACAUUGAUGAGAAGGAUGGCUCGAGAAAGCAAAUAUAAAGAGUGUGUACGUGCUGCAAUUCACCAAAAGCGAGCUGCUGCUGAAAUGAAACGACUUGGAUUGCUAGAAGCCGAGAAAAAGAGGGCACAGGCCCGAGUCUCGCAGGUGAUACAUGUGGCAAAGUCUGUAUCUCACCAGCGUGAGAUUGAGAGGAGGAAAAAGAAGGAUGAGUUGGAAGAUCGAUUGCAAAGGGCAAGAAGACAAAGAGCUGAAUAUCUCAGGCAGAGGGGAAGACUGCGUGGCUAUGCCCAUGAGAAUCGGAAUAGAAUGUCAAAGCAAGCAGAAUAUCUUUCCAGAAAACUAGCAAGGUGCUGGAGGCGGUUCCUGAGGCAAAAGAGAACAACGUUGACCUUGACAAAAGCAUAUGAUGUGCUGGGCAUUAAUGAGAAAUCUGUUAAGUCAAUGCCAUUUGAACAGCUUGCUGUUCGGAUUGAAUCAGCUUCUACCCUUCAGGCUGUGAAAACUUUGCUGGACCGAUUUGAGAGCCGUCUCAAAGUGUCUACAGCAGUUGCUCCUGCCAAUAAUUUGUAUAGCUUGGACGACAUUGAUCACCUUCUUAAACGAGUUGCUUCCCCCAAGAAAAGGGCUACUCCCAGGAGACCUGUUAGAAGCAGAGGGGCAAUGAAAGUAGACUCAGGCAGAGAGUCAAACAAUAGCUUGGCUAGGUCGUCCAGGUAUCCUGUGAGAAUUGUUCUUUGUGCUUAUAUGAUAUUGGGUCAUCCAGAUGCAGUUUUCAGUGGAAUGGGAGAACGUGAGAUUGCUCUAGCCAAAGCUGCAGAAGAGUUUGUCCAAAUGUUUGAGUUGUUGAUAAGGAUUGUAUUAGAUGGACCAGUACAGAAUUCUGACGAAGAGUCUGUCUCAGCAGCUAUGAAGCGCUGUACCUUCAGAUCUCAGCUUGCUGCUUUUGAUAAAGCUUGGUGCUCAUACUUGAAUUGUUUCGUGGUAUGGAAGGUUAAGGAUGCUCGAUCACUGGAGGAGGAUUUGGUAAGAGCAGCUUGCCAGCUUGAAGCUUCUAUGAUUCAAACUUGCAAGUUAACUCCAGAAGGAACUGUUGCUGAUAAGCUUAGUCAUGAUAUGAAAGCUAUUCAGCGUCAGGUCUCUGAAGAUCAAAAACUUUUGAGAGAAAAGGUGCAGCACCUUAGUGGAGAUGCUGGUAUUCAGCGAAUGGAGUUUGCACUCUCUGAAACAAGAUCUAGAUACUUUGGAGUGAAGGAUGACGGAACUCCUGUGAGGUCUCCAAUGAUUUCAUCUGUGACUGCAAGCCCAACUCCAUUAAGUGAAAGAAGUAUUCCAGAAGAGGGUAGUAAUCAUAGAACUGCAAGGCCAACUCCAUCAAGUGAAAAAAGUAUUCCAGAUGAGAGUAGUAAUCAUAGGACAAGCCGAGUUGUUCGCUCCCUCUUUAAUAAGGAGACAAAUACUUCUCCUGGAGAGUCUAGCUUCUCUGCUCCCAUAACCCGUUCAGAUAGUAAGCUGUACCCUCCAUCUGAAAAGCUACGGGCAGAUAAUGAGGUUAUCGUAAAUGAAUUUCUGCACGAUCACAAGUAUAGUGUUACUGAUGGUCUUGAUGUCCCUGAUCACACUCAAAACAGCAUUGAGGGGAAAAUAAAACAGGCAAUGGAGAAGGCCUUUUGGGAUGGUAUCAUGGAAUCUGUUAAGGGGGACCAGCCCAAUUAUGACCGGAUAGUGCAACUCAUGGGAGAGGUUAGGGAUGAAAUUUGUGAAAUGGCUCCAAAAAGCUGGAAGGAGGAUGUUUUUUCUGCCAUUGAUUUAGAAAUUCUUUCUCAGGUGCUGAAAUCAGGUAACCUGGAUGUUGAUUAUCUUGGGAGAAUUCUUGAGUUUUCACUCACGAGUUUGCAGAAGCUCUCAGCUCCAGCCAAUGAGGAGAUGAUGAAAGCUACACACAAGAAACUAUUUCAUGAAUUGGGUGAAAUUUGUCAAUCAAGGGAUGGUUCAAACAACUCAUGUGUUGUAGCCUUGGUGAAGGGCUUGCAAUUUGUCUUCCAGCAGAUUCAGAUUCUUAAGAAAGAGAUAAGCAAAGCACGAAUAAGGUUAAUGGAGUCUUCGGUGAAGGGGUCUGCUGGUCUGGACUACCUCAGGAAUGCCUUUGCUAACAAAUAUGGAUCUCCUUCUGAUGCCAGUACCUCUAUUCCUUCCACACUGAGAUGGAUUUCAUCUGUUUGGAAUUGCAAAGAACAGGAAUGGGAAGAAUACGUGAGAUCCUCGGCAGCAUUGGCCUCUAAUUCAUCCCAAGAAUUGCUUCCUUCAACUACUCUCAGAACUGGGGGGAAUAUUUUACUCAAAACAACUGGCAGUCCGAUGGCCCUUUCACUUGAUGGUGCCAAUGCUAAAGGUGGUCAACAGCCAGAAUGCAAAGGAGAACCUGUCGAUCUGGUUGUGAGACUUGGCUUGUUAAAAUUAGUAAGUGGAAUAUCUGGUUUGACUCAAGAUGAUCUACCAGAAACUUUAUCUCUUAACUUCUCAAGGCUGAGGUCUGUUCAGGCUCAAAUUCAGAAGAUUAUUGUGAUUUCUACAAGCAUUCUUAUUCGCAGACAGAUUGUGGUGAGUGAAAAGACAGUUGCUAGGCAUGCAGAUAUGGAAAACUUAGUGUCUAAGUGUGGUGCAGAACUGUUGGAUCUCCUAGACCGCGUUGAAGAUGCUGAUAUAAACGAUAUAGUAGAAGUAAUCUGCAAUUUGCCGAAAAUUGAGGGUGAAGAAGCAGGUAAAGCUGAGUCGAGAAAAUUGGUUGCUGCUAGGAUGGUAGGAAAGAGCCUACAAGCUGGGGAUGCUGUUUUUGAGAAGGUGUCUAAUGCUGUCUACUCAGCUUUGCGUGGAGUUGUGCUUGGGGGAAGUGGGGCACGUGGGAGGAAAUUGGCAGAAAUGGCUCUCACCAAAGUGGGGUCUGCUUUUCUGACUGACAAGGUAGUGGAAGCUGCUGCUGUUUUGAUUGUAGCAUCCACUAUUUCAGUUGGUGUUCAUGGGCCAUGGUAUAAACAUUUGGCCGAUAACAUGUGAUAUAUUGGGUUAGUACAUUCUUAUUAAUAAUAAUUACACACGUUUGUACAUAGGAGUGUGUAAAGUUGUAAGCUGUGUAUCUUAUCUUAGGUAUGUAGAGAAGUGACAUUGUUUGUAGUAGAAUUCUUUUCAUGUAACAGACAGAAAUGUACAUAUGUGUCUAUCUCAAUCUUUUAACAUUAAAUUGCUAAUAUAUGAUUGGAAUUUCAACUUAUUA